GUGGGUGGCAGGGGCCGGGCAGCUGGGACAGGGACCGGACUGACCUCUGACCACUGACCUGCCUGUCCUUGGCCCCACUGGGGUCCUGGGGGCGGGGAGGGGCUACCGGGAGUGACGUCACUGCCCCUGCCCUCGGCUGGGAGUGACAUCACCGCUGGCAGUGACAUCACUGCCGGCUUACAGUGUGGCAGCACCAUUGGGGCCGCUGAUGACGUGUGACAUUGCGCGGCAGCAGCAACCAGGCGUGACAUCACCCCCAGUGAUCCCACUGACUGGGUGUGACAUCACAGCCCGGAGCCAUGUGAGGCAGCGGCGGGGCGGCGAGGCGGGAGCUGGCUGCUGACGUCUGUCCCCGUCCCCCCGCCCGUCCCUGCCUGCGUCCCCCCUGCCGCGGGGCCGGAGCCCCCCCCGGGACUACGCGGUGCCUAACAGUGGCUGGAGCAACGCUAUGCAGCAGCAGUACCGGCACCUCCUCGCCAUGGCUGCCACCGGGGCCUGGGCACGGCUCUCCUCCUACUGCAGCACCCACCAACACCUCCCGGAGGUACCGGCGAUGCCGGGGGACACACCGCUCUUCCUCCGCGCCAUCAAGGGUGCUGGCGUCAGCUUUGAGUACACCAUGUUUCUCAACGCCACUGAGCGCCGCCUGCUCUGCCUCUUCCAGCCCGGCCUCUACCUGGAGGGACGCCCCGGCCUGACCCACAGUGGUGCCAUCGCCGCCAUCAUCGACGGCACGCUGGGGACCUGCGCCCUGGCGGUGGCCGGGAAGGUGAUGACGGCCAACCUCAGCAUCGACUACCUGGCCCCCAUCCCGCUGGGCGCUGUGGUGCUGCUGGACGGCCGUGCCGAGCGGCUGGAGGGGUGCAAGUUUUUCCUCUCCUGCCACGUCCAGAGCGCCGAGGGGGACACGCUGCAUGCCCGGGCCACCGGUCUCUUCAUCCAGCUGGACCCCACUGAGCACCGGAUGCGGGAGGAGGACGGUGGCCGGUAGCCGUCCCCGGUCAUCCCAUGUGUGUGUUCCCACCGUGUCCCCCCCCGUGUCCCCCCCCACCCUCAGUUUCCCCAGGUGGGGCUGGGGGGGGCCACAAGGACCAGCACCAGCACCACUGCAAAUCACCCCUGGUGUCCCCGGUGUUUCUGUGGGCUUCAGCCGUGUCCCCGGGGGUCAUGGGUAGGACCCCACGGCCAGGAUGGUCCCCCGUGGGGGAGGGGGGGUAGGGACCCCUUUGGGACCCCCCUGCACACG